AUGUUGGAUUUUGUUUCUCAAGAUCUAGAAAGUAGCGAAGACAGCGACAACAAGGACAGUGAUGAUGACGGCGGAGAUAGCAGUAGCGAAGACAGUGAUGAAGACGAAGUAGAAGAAAGUGACGAAGACAGUGAUGAUGAUGAUGAUGAUGAUGAUGAUGGAGAUGACAAUGUCGAAAAAAAUGAAGAUGAGAGUGGCGAAGAUGACGACGAUGAUGAUAAAGAUGACAGUUGCGAGGACAACGAUAAUGACAAUAAAGACGACAGUGGAGAAGACGACGACGAUGACGAUGAAGAUGGCAGUGGCGAAGAUGACUAUGAUGACAAUGAAGACGACAGUGGAGGAGACGACGAUGAUGAUGACGAUGAAGAUGACAGUGGCAAAGAUGACGAUAAUGACAAUGAAGACGACAGUGGAGAAGACGACUACGACGAUGGUGAAGAUGACAGUGGCGAAAAUGAUGAUGAUGGCGGUGUAGAUAGCAGUGGUGAAGAUGAGGAUGAUGACGAUGAUGACAACGAAGAUAACAGCCGUGAAGAUGAUGAGGAUGAGGAUGAUUACCAUUAAGGUGACAUUAACGAAGUGGACGAUGAUGGCGAUAGCGAUUACAAUCGUGAAGGUGAUUAUGAUGACAAUAAUUAUGAUG